AUGGGGAACCGCGGCAGCAAGCGCAAAGACGAUGGAGGUGACGACGUUCAAGAAGACCCGACACGUAAAACCACUCGCACCACCAGCGAGUUGGCCAGCACGAACCCGUUCAGACCCAACAACCGCAAAUGCACGGACGUUCUGUGCCUGCUCUUCUUCGUCGUCUUCUGGAUCGGCAUGAUCAUCAUCGCCGGCGUCGGGUACCAGCACGGCAAGCCGCAGCGACUCAUCUACGGCACGGACUGGAUGGGGCGGACGUGCGGCGCCAAAGCGGAGAAGACCGACAACGUGCCGGCCUACGACUUCACUGACUACAAGUACAUGAUCUACCCGCGGCUGUCGGAAGACCUCAUGGCCCUGGCUGCCUCGGGUCUCAGCACCAAGCAGCUCGCGAGUCCGUCAACGCUUCGGAAGCUGUUCGGCGUGUGCGUCUCGUCCUGCCCGCUGCUCACCGAAUCGACCAACGAUCUAUACGUGCACGCGUACCUCGACUACGAGAUGCACAAGGAGCCCGUGAACGAGGACGACACAAGCGCCGGCUCCACCAUGGAGUACGACAAGGCUGGGUCGCCCUGGAAGCUCAUCACCAACUCCAGCAACGUGCUGUAUCGCUGCGUGGAGCUCACCAAGAUCGAGGUCACCGAGAGCGCCCGUUGCAUCGACGACUGCACGGACGACGAGCUGAAGAACUACCAGGUCGGCACGCCCUUGACCUGCGGUACCGACGAGACGAAGAACCCGUUCCGAGACUGCGGCGACAAGACUUGCGCUGAAAUGGUCACGGAUCUGCGACCGAACUGCACGAGCUUGGAGUCGACGCGGCAGGAGCGACAGAUCGGCUCCACCACCGAAGACCCCGUGACCAAGAUGCUCAGUCGCAAAUGGUACAUGGUAGCGCGCUGGCUGGGCGACCUGCAGAAGGCUGCGUUCCCCAUCUUGAUCUGCGGCGGGCUGUUUGCGCUGGUUCUGGGCAUGAUCUGGCUCGUGCUGCUGCGCUACUGCGCCGGGCUCUUCGUGUGGCUCGUGAUCGUGCUCGUGGUCAUCAUGCAGAUCGUCGUCACCGUAUUCUGCGCGUACGAAGGCAACUUGAUCGACAGCACGAGCAUGCAGAGUAGUUUGACGGGCAUGGGCGUGUCGUCCGAGAACGCACAAGCUGUCAUGACCGCAACCACGACGUACAUCACAUCUGCAGGCAUCACUGCAGCAGAGGACCAGGCUCACUACUGGGCCAUCGCCUGCUACGUCCUCACUGCGAUCGACGUACUGCUGCUCCUGUUGUUGAUCUUCAUGUGUGGCCGCAUCCGCAUCGCCAUCGGCAUCAUCCGGGAGGCUUCCAAGGCGCUGCAGUCCAUGCCCAUGCUGACGCUGUACCCGAUCGUGCCGACGUUCUUCGCAGUCGGGCUGGUGGUCUACUGGUUAGUGGCGGCCGCGUACAUCGCGACGUCCGGCAAGGUUUCGCUCAAUGACGUGGCCAGCACAGCGUCCGGGGCCACGGGGGCGAACGUUGGGCCAGUAGUGCCCGUGCAAAUGAAGGAGGACGACACCAUGCACUACCUGAUGAUCUACCACCUCUUCGGGUUGCUCUGGACGAGUCAAUUCAUCCAGGCCGCAGCGUACGCCACCAUCGCCGGUGCCUUCUGCGAGUACUACUGGACGCUGGACAAGCGUCAGGUGCCUGCCCGACCCGUGCUGCGCUCGGUGUGGCGAACGAUCCGCUAUCACUUCGGAUCCGUGGCCUUCGGCAGCCUCAUCAUCGCCAUCGUUCAGUUCCUGCGUAUUGCACUCGAGUACGUCGACCAGAAGAUGCGCGCGGCCAAGCAGGGCAACGCUGUCGUUAAGGUGGCCAUGAUGUGCUUCAAGUGCUUCCUCUGGUGCUUCGAGAAGUGCCUCAAGUUCCUCAACAAGAACGCCUUCAUCGUCAUGGCCAUGAAAGGCCGGAGCUUCUGCCCGUCCAUGAAGGACUCGUUCUCACUGCUGCUGGCCAACGCCGCGCGCGUCGCCACCGUCAGCAUCAUCGCGCGCUUCCUCAUGAUCCUCGGCAAGAUCUUCAUCACGGGCUUCUGCAUGCUCUUCAUGUUCGUCUUCAUCCGGUAUCCGCCCACGCACCUGCCCAGCUUCUUCAUGGGCGACCUCGCCAGCGUGAGCAGCCCUAUCUUCCCCAUGCUGCUCACCGGCGUGCUGAGCUACGCGACGGCCUCAUUCUUCCUGGACGUGUACGGCACUGGCAUCGACACCAUCCUGCUCUGCUUCUGCGAAGACUGCUCCGUCAACAAGACCUCCGAGCAGUACUAUAUGAGCGACGAGCUGGUCGCCUUCAUCGAGGGGCCUGCAAAGCACAACGCCUUCAACGUCUAUCAGCGCAGUCUCUCCAACACGCGCGACAGCGUAGCCGCCCCAGCCCCGGCAACAGCUCAGCCCAUCUACAACGCGCAUACGGGCCCCAUGACCAAGGUCAAAUGA